GAGCUUAAGUAUUUUCAGACAACCACAAAAAAGAGAGUAAGAACAGUAUGCGAGUGAUACCACCAGCAGUCAAAGAGAUCUUAGACAAAUGGAACAUCAGGGGACUUGUAAUACUGUCUCUGGUGUUCCAAACGUUUCUUAUCUUCCUUGCACCGCUGCGAAAACGUACAUCGAAGAAGCUGCUCGCUAAGAUUCUAUGGACUUCCUAUCUUUUAGCGGAUUGGACAGCUAAUUACGCGGUGGCUCAGAUCACGAAGAACCAAGGAAAGGAACCAAAACCCGAUGAUCCUCCGAAGAACAAGAAGCUACUUGCUCUGUGGGCACCGUUCUUGUUGUUACAUCUUGGUGGUCCGGACACGAUAACUGCACUGGCCCUAGAGGAUAAUGCCUUAUGGGCACGUCAUUUCUUUGGCCUCGUAUCUCAAGCACUUGCUGGUGUUUAUGCGGUGGUGCAAUCAAUGGAUAACCCUUUAUGGCCACCAAUAGCGUUACUAUUCGUCACCGCAGUGAUAAAAUACAUGGAGAGGACUUAUGCACUAUACACAGCGAGUUUAGACAAGUUCAAAGACCAAAUGCUUAAACCAGCAGACACUGGUCCUAACUACGCUAAGCUCAUGGAAGAAUACGAUUCAAGAAAAGAAUCCAACCUCCCAACGGACAUCGUCCUCAUCGACGAGCCAGACAAGCACGAUAGACCCCCAACACUUAAACCGGGACCAGAUCCCUUAACCCAUCUCGAAAUCGUUCAGUACGGUUUCAAAUUCUUCAACACUUUUAAAGGACUCGUCGUUGACCUAAUUUUCAGUUUCCGUGAGCGUGACGAAAGCAGAGACUUCUUCAAAGAGUUGUCCCCCGAGGACGCUCUUAGGAUUAUUGAAUCCGAGCUAGGGUUUCUAUACGAGUCCAUGUACACCAAAACCGCGAUUCUUCAUACGUAUGCGGGUACUGUGUUUCGCAUUAUUGCGUUCGGAUCGCUUAUUUCUUCCUUCCUUGUCUUCCAUUUUAGACCUAAAAAAUCAGUGGAGUUUCAUGGAGCGGACGUCGUGAUUACCUACACUUUGUUCGUCGUCGGUAUCGGUCUUGAAAUCUCCUCUCUCGUCAUGUUCUUGCUCUCUGAUUGGAUGUUCGCGGCAUCGAGAAAGCUUAAGGAUGACCAAGUGAAAGAUAAGGGUUUCUUUAGGAGAAGCACAACUAGAUUGCAAGCCCUUUUUCAAAAGAAAAACGAUAAGGUUUAUAUCAUCGACACUUUUCUCAACCGUUUGCUCGCGUUUAGGAAGCCACGGUGGACGAUGUAUCCAUGCAGCGGAAACGGUACGCACGAGGUGCUUACGACGCCGUUUUUGUUGCGGAGAUGGUCCGGUACGAUCUACGGUUUCAACUUCAUCGCAUAUUGUAUGAAAGCUAAAGUCUUAAGAAUCCACCGGAGGAGUGAGUGUGUGUGUAGGAGUGAGCGUGCGUGGGAGUUUGUGGUUUUUGUGUCCGACUGGGUGGCCAGAAGAGUCCAGGUCUUGUUUGAAUGGAUCAAAGAUGUUGAUAGUUCGGUCGGAAUCUUCAUCAAGAGAUGGUCAAAGAAGAACAAGAUGGUUUAUUGCACGGUUUAUCCGUUGUACUUGGUGUUCUCCUCGGUGAUUCCUUUGGUGUUUAGAAAGCUUUGGGGUUACGUUGAUCGAAUCUUCAGCGUUGAAUCUUUUCUAGACGAGAUCAGAUUCGUAUCGAGCGAGCCAAUGACGAAGAAACAAUGGGAGUUUAUUUUCAGUGAGCUGAAACAUAAGUCCGAGUUCGCGGAAACGCCUGAAUGUGCGAAGAAAGUGUCUUCUGCGAGAGGAGAAUGGGCUUUACAUGAUAGCAAGUUGGAGGAGGUUGAGAGAUUGAUGCGUUAUGUAGCGAAUGUUGAUUACGAUCAGAGUCUUCUCCUUUGGCACAUUGCUACUGAGCUAUGUUUCCAAGACGAAGGAGAUGAGGAGACGGAGAAGAAUAGGAGUGGAGAGAGUUGCGAUGACCGUGAGUUCAGCAAGAUUAUAUCAGAUUACAUGAUGUAUCUGUUGAUAAUGCAACCUAAGUUGAUGUCGGAAGUUGCGGGAAUCGGGAAUAUAAGAUUUAGAGACACUUUAGAUGAAGCUAAGAGGUUUUUCAAAGGAAGACAUUCCGAGAACCUGAAAGAUAUGAAACGAGGGAGCAAGAUGAUUUUAUUUGUUAGUAACGACAUUGAGCCGAUGCAUGUGAAGGGAGACCGAAGCAAAUCAGUUCUUUUCGAUGCGAGUAUGUUGGCUAAAGAGCUUAUGAGACUGGACGAGAGUAGUAGUAGUAGUAGUGGCAGUCAUGGAGAUGGGAAAUGGAGAGUGUUGAGCAAAGUGUGGGUUGAGUUGCUAUCUUACGCAGCAAGUCACUGUAAAGCUACAGAGCAGGUGGCGCAACUUAGCAGAGGUGGGGAGCUUCUGAACUUUGUUUGGUUGUUGAUGGCUCACUUUGGUUUAGCUGAUCAGUUUCAGAUCAAUAAAGGAGAUGCUAGAGCUAAACUCGUUGUAGGCGAGUGAUAGCUUCCUUUUUUCAAAAAAAAAAUAAAGAAUUUGUGUGUGUGUGGGUUUGUAGUAUCUUUUGCUCUGUUUCAGAUUUCAAGCAAUGUUCUUUGAUUUUGUUUGGAUUCGAACCUUGAUUAAAGACUCUUGACUCGGAGAAAG